CACUGUACAUGCAACAAAUAUGGCCUGACAGUGGUAUUGAAAUACUCAGAGCUUUGGGGAAAUCCCUAGCCAACGAUUCAGCCGGCCCUUAUAAAUGUGAGAGGCUUGCCUGUUACUCCAAUUUGAAUGCGUUGUAAGCGAGACACACCUGUUCAUCACGGCGACAGGCAUGCAACCCUCCCUAGUUGAAAUCGGCGAGCAGCUUGCCUGGCUCUGUGCUGCACUGAAGUGGUCACCAAGCAGCGACAAAAUGGCUUACUCGACAGCACAAAUUACAGUAUUGCAGACACCCACCACAGAACAGUCAGAGUCCCAAGAACGGACUGUUUAUUAUGAGGUUAGCUCUCAUCUUGGGGUGCUCGGGGACAAUGAUCCAGGGCCAGACACAAGCGGGUCCUGCUGGCACUUGUUGUUCGAAAACCCAGUUAUUGUACAGGGCUAUCCUAUCCCAGCUCGAAUACACAAUGAACGAGGAUUGGAGAUUUCUAUGGACCUGAUGGCAAGUUUGGGCGACGCAUAUUACCUGACCGAAUUCAACGAUAUGCCCGUGCUAAAAGGCUUCUCGACUAUGUUUGUUGCGACGGAAGUGUCAGAUAAUGCAGUGGUCUGGCACUUCUUGUGCAACCAGGAUGGGGAUCGAAUAUCCUACUUGAAUUCGCAGCAUUACUGCCAAGAUUACCAUGAUAGCUCUACGUUCAGCCCUUUUCCUUGGACUACGACCAGAAAUUUUGUUGGCUGGGCCACCUCAGUCAAUAGGUUUGCAGGCGCUCCGGAAGUCAAUUACAACGAGAUAUGCUGGAGUAGAUCAAAUUACUGUUCUGCCGGUUGUGCUUUAGAAAAGAUGACACUGAAUGCGGGAAAAUUUGUCACAGUAGGUGCCACAAUUGGAUCAGGCAUGAGAAACCACCGGAUUUUACACCUAGUAAAACGUUCAUACCGUGAAGCAGUCAAAUACGCACGUCAGAGCAUAUAUGUAAAUAUAUUCGACGUCGGCGGCCGUCGUGGUUGGCUUCUCGACGGAGCAAGCACAGUGCUUCACAUUUCGCGCACGCAGCUCACACAUGACAGCAGCCCCCAUAGCGGAAGUCCGGCUUUAAAUUUGGAAGAUUUUCAUCACGCUCAUAGCGGAAGUGGGGCAGAUGCCGCCGUGGACGCUUUGCUGGACGAGUCCAACAUGCUGCUUGAAAUUAGUUUCGAUCCCCCUGAGAUUGUCAUCGAAGAAACCACAAAGGAGGACGGAAGCACAAGUAAAGAGAUCAAGAAAACUGUCAAAAAGCUUCUCUUUCACGAGUUGGUGCAGCGAAAUUUGUCUCUAUUUGAGAAGCUGCACGACUAUCAAAAGCUGCUCAUGGAAUCCGACGGCAAAGAUUUCCGACGGAUCGACCGAGAAAAACUUGAAGGCUGGGAUUUUCUCGAAAUCGCCAGUGGUGAAAGUUCUUUGAAACCUCGAUUCGAAAUUUUGACAGCGUCUGGUAGAAGCUGGGUUGACUUCACAAGAGAGAUUCACACCAUUAAUCUGCUCGGGCGAGGAUUUGGAUCACUGAUACAACCCUCGGAAGAUGGAAUUACACUGUGCGAGGGUUGGAAGCAAGUUCCCAAAGGCAAAGAUUACCUUGCAACCUGCGUAUCGACCGUGGAUGAGAUUUGCAGAAGACACGGGAACAGUCAGGCCGAGCCUUUCAGGCUUGCAAAUGGGAUUCACUGGCACAAACCCCACCUUCUUUUCGAGGAAUGUUGCUGUGUCCCUGGAGCUUCUACUUGUGACCGGGUCCAGGUACUUUUACCGCCAUUUUCCACUCGCAUCAGGCGUCCAGAGCCGUUCGCAGAGGGACGAGGAGGAGUCAUUUUUGGUCGAAGCAGGGCAUUUACAUGGACAUAUCCGAAUCAAGGCACCCCCGUUCGGGAUCAUUUCGACGUUCAGCUCACGGCAAAUGAGCCACAAAACACCGGGCCCAAAAUGCCAAACGGCCCGACUCCCCCAGAUAGUGGCAAAGGAUCAAUUGCCAACACAGCAUCAAAUGGCACCGAGGAGGCGACUGCUGCAAACAGCGUAGACCGACCCAAAGCUCCCGCGGCAUCAUCUAUAUCUUCACCACAAGUUCUGCAGUUGCCCAUCUCUGCGGUGACAAAAAGUUCCGGGAGCUUUCUCGGCGUGGCGGAGUAUUGCCGAAAUCAACGAAGCUCGAUACAAAACAGUAACAGACUUAGACGCGCAACUUUCCAUUGGCCAUUUCCUAACAGAACAGAAAGCACGAAAAUGGAAUGACGUACGAGAGCCGCCCAAGCUUAAGCUAUGAAGCUUAUUCAAUAUAUAGUAAUUCGUAUAAUUAGCCACAAAUUAUACUAUAUUUUUUGAGGCGAGCAUCCUCAGAAGAUCGAGGUCAAAACCUCAACUUUCUGCGGCACUUCGCUUGAGGUCGAUUAAG